AUGGGCCUGCCUUGUCGACAUGCAGCAUUGCUGCUGCUGCUGCUUUUGUAUUCGGUUGACUCCAGCUAUGAUCUCUCUUACGUGGCUUCACCUCUGUAUGCUCGUGACGUCGCCUCUUCUGCAUUCCUUGGGAGCAAACUUUCCUACUUUCCACCCGGACCAUACAAGACCCAGGUUUCCCUAUGCUGCUGGUUCCGUGGCCGAUGCCGGUUGUCGAUGAAAUCAGACAAUGUCCAAAGGAGGAAGUCAAGCGGUCCUCGACGACACAGCCAACUUCGACACAUCGAUGAGAUCUUCAAGAGGGAUGAAGACGACAGCACCAGAUUGAGGAAGGACGUGAUGCUCUCCAUGGGUCGAUUGAGCUCUUUCGGCAAGCAGGGCAAGGACCGAACGUGGCUAAGGAACACCAUGAAGAACCUGGCGCAAGAACUAGAGCAGCAGCUCGUCAAGUCCAGGACCUUGCUGGAUGUCUGGUCGGACCCUGUUGAGUUGGACCACCUGUCGGCAGCGCUCAAUUCUGCUGCUCGUUUUCCCGAGUGCCACUCGCUCUUUGCGACAGCAAGCACGAUCUUGACGAGCAAGCGGGUUCUCAACGACAUGAACAGCCGUACAGUCAUCACUCUCAGCUCGGCUUUCUUGCAUCAGGGUAUCUACGUGGAAGAGUUUGUACGGCAUCCCAAACUUGAGAACUCUGUUGAGAAAUGGGACCCGCACCUCGUUGCUCGAUUCAUUCAUGGGAUCUCAAAGGUGGAACUGGCGAAGCAUCAGGAGUUGGCGGAGGUGAUUACAAGAGUUGUUGGCAAGAUCGAGCAUGCCAGUUUGAACCUCAAGGAUUCAGCUGUCAUGAUCUCAGCUCUUGCCCACCUGCAAGUCCAGGACGCGGCAACCUUGAUCAAGUUGCGAGCCAGCAUCUUGGUGAUACUAGCUGACUCCUCCUCCCUGAAAAGUUCGGGAGAGAUAAGAUCCCUCUGCGCCAUCCUGACAGCUCUCAGCAAGCUGAAUCUGCUGGACCGAGAUCUUCUCGGGCAGACUUCGCGCCUGAUUCGUGAGACCGACGAGCGGCUGUUGGCUGCUCCGUCUAUCUCCGUCAUCCUCAAAACUUUUGCCAACAUGGCGGUCCGAGAUUUCUCCUUGUUCCGAAGGCUGUUGGGAAGAGCCAGAGAGUUGGAGGAGGCGUCAUGGACGCCGUUAUCGCUGUCCAACGUCUUGUCUUCAUGCAACAAGCUCUCCGUCAGGUUUGAAGACGCAUUGGAAUACUUCUCUCAUGCCAUCCCGGCGAUAGCCCCGGAAGAUUUCGAUCUCCAGGACCGAGUAUUUUCCCACCUCUCACGCUCACUCCAACUCGUUCCGCAUUCUCAAAUCAACAUGUUCACCGUCGCCGUUACCAUGAACUCCUUUGCCAAGGUUGGCAAGCAAGACUCCCACUUGUUCAGACAUAUCCUCAGCGGGAUAAGAGAGAUGGAGACGAGGGCAGCAGGUUCGGAUGAUGAGGUACAGGGAGUGCCAAGCAAGACGUUGCAAGACUCGCACGCGAUCUCCAACAUCUUCAACGCGGUUGUCAAGCUCGAGAUCGAUGACCCACACGUGCUCAACAAUCUCAUCUCCAUGGCUCGUGACAUCGAUCUGAGCUACUGGAACGAGAUCGGAAUCGCUCAGAUGUUCAACGCUCUUGCCAAGAUUGACGUGGAUUCCAGAGAGCUCGCUGAUCGCUUGUCUCUGGCCGUCCUUGAGUUGCCCUCGCACAAACUGUCGCCCCAAGUCGUUGCCCUCAUCUUGUUCGGCGCUUCUCGUCUCGGCGUCAACAAUCAGCUGCUCUACACUGUGCUGUUUGCUAGAGUCCGCAAGAUGACGCACAACCAGAUGUCGACGAGGGUGCUCAAGAUGAUUGUUCGCUCAAUCAAGAUCAUCGCAGAUCAGAAUCUCAUCAUCCGUGUUGAUCGCAAUUUGCUUCAGCACAUGAGCAGGCAGGUCUGCCUCAUUCCCCCGAGCGACUUAGACAUCAGAGAUGCUUCCUUCUUCUGUUACAACCUGUUCCGUCUCGGAGUCCGCGACGACUCUCUGUAUCUCCACCUCAGCGACGUCGUGAAGUUCAUCCCUACCAACAAGGUGGCGGCUGAGGCGGCGCGAUCGACGGCAAAUCUGAUGCUGACGAUGGCUUCCUACCUCCACCCUCUGAUCACUCUCCUGAGCACUUUCUCAACGCUGGACUUCCAAGACCCGCAGCUGUACCGACAUCUCUUCUCAGCUCUCAUCCUCAUCCCCGUGGAGCAACUCAACAUGCAGGCGAUCGAUGGAGGACGGGCCAGAUGCCGUCUCGUUGACACUUUCAACAGGACAUCGUCCUCCUGUCUCAGCUCUCUUGUCUACUUAGUUGCUUUUCGAGACUUCAAGUCUUUGAUGUCUCGACCUUCGAAAUGA